UGUUUCUCUCCGUGCUGUUCUCUCCCGCUGCGAGCCUGCCCGCCUCUCGCUGUCCUCUCUCCCUCUCGCCCUCUCUCUGCCCCCCCCCUUUCACGUUCACUCUGUCUCUCUGACUAUCUCUGCCCCCCUCUAUCCUUGGUACAACAGCUGACCUCAUUUCCCGAUACCCUUUCCCCCCCGAAAGUACAACAUCUGGCCCGCCCCAGCCCGAAGACAGCCCGUCCUCCCUAAAGAAGCAGAAGAGUCCCCCCCCCAAAAAAAAGCCAUCCCCCCGUUCUGCCCCGUCGCACAUUCGGCCCCAGCGACUCGGCCAGAGCGGCGCUGGCAGAGGAGUGUCCGGCAGGAGGGCCUUCGCCCGCUGUUCGGCUUGCGCUAAAGCAGCAGGGAGGUGGGCGGCAGCUUCGCGGCUUCCAGAUACCAAUGGGGAUCCCAGUGGGGAAGUCGAUGCUGGUGCUUCUCACCUUCUUGGCCUUCGCCUCGUGCUGCAUUGCUGCUUACCGCCCCAGUGAGACCCUGUGUGGCGGGGAGCUGGUGGAUACCCUCCAGUUUGUCUGUGGGGACCGCGGCUUUUACUUCAGUCUUCCAGGCAGGCCCGCAAGCCGUGUGAACCGCCGCAGCCGUGGCAUCGUCGAGGAGUGCUGCUUUCGCAGCUGUGACCUGGCCCUCCUGGAGACCUACUGUGCCACCCCCGCCAAGUCCGAGAGGGACGUGUCUACCUCUACGACCGUGCUUCCGGACAACUUCCCCAGAUACCCCGUGGGCAAGUUUUUCCAAUAUGACACCUGGAGACAGUCCGCCCAACGCCUGCGCAGAGGCCUGCCUGCCCUCCUGCGUGCCCGCCGGGGUCGCAUGCUAGCCAAGGAGCUUGAAGCGUUCAGAGAGGCCAAGCGUCACCGUCCCCUGAUCGCCAUGUCCUCCAAAGAUCCGGCCCACGGGGGUGCCUCUUCGGAGAUGUCCAGCAAUCAGAAGUGAGCCAAAUUGUUGUGAUUCUGCAGUGUGUACCAUCAGCUCUGUGACCUCCUCUUGACCAGGACAUUUCCAUCACGUCCCACCACUCAGAUCUCUGUUCCAUUUCUGCCCUAGGGUUUCUCCCACCCAGCCCCCAUGCCCCGCCUCCCCACAUCAGGCGACUCCUCAGCCCCCCUCCACCGGGCUGAGGGAAUGACACCACCUUCAAAAAACGAAACCAAUUGGCUUUAAACAUCUUCCACAGAGACCCUUCCCCCAAAUUAUACAUCCACAACUAAAAGUUGAAAAUUCAAACCCCUAAAUUGUUAUCUCACACACACUAUAUAGCCCCACUUAAAAUUCAAUUGACUUGUUCAGAAACAUCAGAAACACUAAUUACCUUUUUUUUUAAAAAAAAAAAAAACUACUAAAAAGAAUCAAUUGGCUGAAAAAAUACUAAAAAAUUAAUUGGCUUAGAAACAAUUGGCAAAAUAAAGGAAUUUGGCACGCCCCCCCCCCCCCUUCCUUCUCUUCCCCUUUGGACCUUGAGUCAAAUUGGCUUGGACUUGGGUCCCUAAACCAUCCAGAGAAAGGAAGGGGCCCUGCUGCACCAUCUCCCACAGCAACUCCCAGGCUCGUCCUUCACUCGACUUACCAUCAUGGGUCAACGGGGAACUGGGCGGGGGACCCAGUGAGACCACAGCACGGGAAGGGAGCAUGAAAACCUCAACCUCACAAAUAAAUUUUAAUUGGCACAACCCCCUCCCCCAAAAUCUCACAUCUCAUCCCCUGCCUCAGAAGGCACACAGCAGCCCCCCGCCACACACACUGAACACUACCCUCAGCACAUUGCAUACACACACACACACACCCCCUCACUCACACACACACCCUCACACACACUCACACACACUCACUCACACAUAAAACCAGAUGAAGCAGUGAGAAUCCCUCACCAGCGCCCCUUGCACAGAUCAGGCCUAGGUCCAUCCCAAAUUCUCUGAACUGUUUUCAUGGUCCGAGCUCCCUUCCUGCCCACGGCUUUCGGGGCCAGUGCUGUGGGGCAUUACAUCUGCCUGGGGCGCACUGUAGGGUGGGAGAUGGUGCAGCCCAGGCCCAGGCAAACGGUUCCAUCUUUCCCCAUGAGGGAGGUGCCUGUCCCCACGGCCCUGCUGCAGCGUGAGCCAUCGUGGUCCCCAGACCCCACCAACGUCCAUGCCCUGUCCUUGUGUGUCAGCCUGGCCGGAGUGAGGGACGAAUCUGGCCAGAUGGAGAUGUGGAAGUCAGCAGUCAUGCUCCCAGAGUAGCCAGGCCUGGGUGUGCAUCUGGAGAGACCUGGGGGGACCCCCCCGGCAUGCCCAGGAGACUGGCCCUGAUGUGGGGAGUGUGGGAAGUCUGGCGGUUGGAGGGGUGGGUGGGGGGCAGUGGGGGCUGGGUGGGGGGAGCUCUGGGGUAAGAAGUGGUCCCGGGAGGUUUUGGCUGGAUGUCAGGAGGAAAAGCAGUUGAACUUGCAGAAUUACCAAGAGAAAUUAGAUCCCAAAUUUUACGUCAAUUGAUCUUUUCCCCCCUUUGUUUCUUGGGGCAUAUUUUCCUUUUUUUUUUUGAUCCCUCCUUAGCUUUUCAUGCGCUCGUCAAUUAAAUUACACCCUUUCCCCAUAACAGGGGAGCAGUGACAAAGUAUGGAGCCCUACCACUGGCACCGACACCUCCUGCUCCCCGCCAUUUAUCACCCUUGAUUUGAUUUUUUUUUUUUUUUCAAUCUAUCCCUUUUGCUUGGGUUGAGUUGGGAGUGGAGCCUUCAUGGGGUUCCGGCCACUGUGCCCCAUGGAGAAGCCAGAGGGGAAUUGAGAAGGCCGCUUCCCGGCCUGGCAUCCGGGGACUGUGGCUGGUCCCUGGAGGUUCUGAGGGGCGGAGGAGGGCUGGGGCAGUGUCUCCUCAGGUGUCAGGAGGGUGCUCGGAGGCCACAGGGAUGGGGCCCCCGGCUGGCCUGUGGCUGGCUGGGGGGGAAGGGGCUGCAGGUGUGUAAGCAGAAGGGCUCCAUCCGGCGGGAGCAGGUGGCCGCCUUCCGCACACUUGGGGAACACUCCCCUCCCUCUGUGACACCAUACCCGCUCCUCAGCGCCCCACCUUGUCCACAGGAGGUCCAGAGCUCCGUGGAAUCUCCUUUGGUCAGGGUGGGGUGAGGCCAGGAAGCAGGGGAGGUCAGGAGGCUCUGAGCCCGCAGAGCAGGAGAGCUGGCCAUCAAUGGGGUCACUUGGGCCCUGAGGCCCGCGGGUCUGGCAGUGCUGUGGCAGCCACCCACAGCGCCUAGGACUGUGGCAGGGACCUCGGGCGGCUGGAGGCCUACCUCACCCCCACUCCUGCCUCCAGUGCAGUCCCCCUGCACAGCAGUCCGACUAGCAAUCUAGGGGCCUGAGGCUUCUGGGCCCUAGCGACAGGACUGGCAUGACCCUGGGGGCGGUCCGUGCCAGCCCGACCUCAGCACAGAGGGUCCCUCAGCUAGUGCCUGGAGAAUGGGCCAUUCGGAACAUUGGACAGAAACCAAAGCGCAAAGUUGUUUUGAUUGAAGAGUCGGAUUGGCCUGAGAUCCAAAACACUGCGAGGCACCCUAAAUUCCCUGCCCGUUCAGUGGGACACCCACCCACAAACAGUGUUAUGUUUCGCCUCGCUGGGAUGGGUGCUCCUGGGGUACUUGCACUCUGCCCUCUGUGUCCCCUAAUGUAUGGCUCUCCCUGGGUCGCUGGCCAUCCUGACCCGGGCACCCACCUGGCCUCCCGUGCCCUAGUGUGGUCCUCCAUCUUGUCUCUUCCCCCACAUCCCCCCCCCCAACUGUCUUCAGCAGGACCCCCUCUUGGGUCCCUCCCUUUGCCAUCACCUGAAGACCCCCCCACGCGACGAACACCUGUGUCACCUUGCCGCCUGUGUUGGUCCAUCGUGCAGCGGCCCUGUGUUUGCCUCAACUUGACCCCUUUAACAUGCUAAUAUUUCUGGCAAAAUCCAGUGCUUGGGUUUUGUCUCUAACCUGUUAUCGCUCGCAAUCCCAAUAAAGCAUUUAAAAUUA